AUGGUCAAAGAAACGAAGUUUUAUGAUCUCCUGGAAGUUCCAGUAGAUGCUUCAGAGCCUGAUUUGAAGAAGGCAUACAGAAAAAAAGCCUUGAGACUACACCCCGACAAAGGUGGUGAUCCAGAACUCUUCAAGGAAGUUACACAUGCAUACGAGAUUCUUUCCGACUCUCAAAAGCGUAGUAUAUAUGAUGCUCGAGGUGAAGCUGGUCUUUCCGAGCAAGGUGGAAUGGGUGGGAUGGAUCCCCAGGACCUUUUCAGUCAAUUGUUUGGCGGCGGCGGAUUCUUUGGUGGUGGCGGCGGCGGCGGAAAUCGCCAGCAGUCUGCCCGCAAGACCAAGGACCUUGUACAUCGCGUAAACGUCACGCUUGAGGAUCUCUAUAAGGGCAAAACAACCAAACUUGCCCUUACUCGUAAUGCACUUUGCUCCAAGUGCCACGGUCGCGGUGGGAAAGAGGGCGCUGUGCGAUCAUGUUCUUCAUGCAAUGGACGUGGCAUCAAGGUCACGUUACGCCAGAUGGGCCCCAUGAUCCAGCAGAUACAGUCCGCCUGUGACGAAUGUUCGGGUACGGGAGAGGUGAUCAAUGCCAAGGAUCGUUGCCAGCAAUGCAAAGGCAAGAAAGUCAUGCCUGAGAAGAAGAUUUUGGAAGUGCACAUAGACAAGGGUAUGAAGGGUGGCCAGACGAUUGUGUUCAGCGGAGAAAGCGAUCAGUCGCCAAACGCCGAGUCAGGAGAUGUCGUUAUCGUCAUAGAAGAGAAACCUCAUGACCGCUUCAAACGUCAAGAGACCAAUCUCAUAACGGAACUGGAGAUAGAUCUAUUGACAGCCCUUGGCGGUGGACGAGUUGGGAUUCGUCACCUCGACGAUCGCGCCCUUAUUGUAAAUUUUGUUCCUGGCGAGGUUGUCAAAAACGAUGCUGUCAAAGUCAUACGCGGCCAGGGAAUGCCCUCUCAGCGACAUCAUGAGCCAGGAGAUCUGUUUGUGAAGUUCACUGUGAAUUUCCCUGAGCAUAUCGAUCCAGCUGUUAUCCCCUUACUUGAGAGGGCACUCCCACCACGAACAGAGAUCGAGAAAUUCCCUAAGAAUAUUCAUCUCGAGGAGGUGGAUCUAGACGAGCCCGACGCGCGAUCAAAGGCAAAUGCUAUGUCAGAUGAGUCGAUGGAGGAGGACCAUGAAGGAGAGCCUCGUGUUCAGUGCGCAAAUCAGUGA